AACCACUGACGUGCAUGUAUUAGUUGUCACGCUUUUAUUUUGAAGGUGGCCAACGCCACUCGCUGGCGGCAGAUUGCGGAAAUGCAUAGUAUUGACAAUCGCAAUGGCGGCUCACUUGGCUUCAAUUUUGCGAGUGGAGGCUGGCGUGACCGCAGUGAAAAGUUGCCGGUUUUUAAUAUUAGGACAACCGCUCGUUGAGAAAAUACCCGUUGGAACAUAUUUGAAUAUCAGACUUCAUAAAAGCUUUUUCCGAGAGAUCUUCAGGUGGAGAGGCGCAUGACGUACAAAGGAGGAGCUGUUUCUUUGUGACAUGACAGUGGUGACGAUGAAAGGGCGAGUUUUACAUCAAAGUGAUGAAAGGGCCUUCGCACGUUUAAGCCCCAGACAGUGUAGAAAUAUAGAACUAGACUCUGCAAACAUAAUCAUUCCAAGACAAGCGGAAACGCGCGGAACACUCAGAGGACUUCAACAAUGGGGAAUCUAUCUUCUAUCAGACCUUACUUUAACGAUGAGGCCUUUAACCUGCUUGAAGAGCUCACCGAGAUGACUUCUUUAACAGAAAAUGAGCAACGAAUGUGCAAUGCGGAGAAAGCGUUCAUGAGACAGUUUGUGCUCUUGGCCAAGGAAAAUCGAGUACCACCAUGUCUCUCGCCCAAAGACAUGAAGGUGUGGUUGCUGAAGAAAAGAAAUUUCCAGCAAGAGUACCAGGAGAUGCAAAUGAGGAUGGAUGCCAGGAUGUUUUAUAUGCUUCAAGUGGCCUGGACAAUGGAAAGGAUCCUGCACUUGAAUAGAAUACAAAAAGAAGUCUACACUGAACUCAACGAAGAGGAACGCCUUUCGCGAUUGCUCGAGAGGAAGGUCACACUCCAAGGCCUCGACACGUACUUGACAGUACUGCGGCCCCACGUCGAACGGGACACUGAGACCUUCCUCUGCCAUCUGUAUAAGGAGCUGAUGAGGUCAUUGGAGAAGACCAAGAUGACCGGGGUACAAAGACUGUUUUUUUACCCGCUGUUUCAUCGUGCUACCGGCACCCUGGCGCAGAAGAUCACAGAAUUGGCUCUGGACAUCCUUCUGGAGGAGCUGGAGCCACCUGGCAAUGAGAAACCCAUCACGGCAACGUUGUCCCAAAGAGCUGACGACGCCAGCAAGGAGAUAGGAAGUAUGCUCGUCGACGCUCUGGCUUCCAUCCCCGUCCUGCAUCAAAACAUCGCGCGGGGUGAUCUCGCCCGCAUGUGCUUGGACUCCGCUUGGAAAAUGGUCCAAAGCAUUUACAAAAACUUUGUCGAGGGCUCGGAAAACUUCCACCCGAUGGACUGCGACGAUACCUCGGUCACCGCGCGGUGUGGUGUCAUGAGUGCCAUUGUGCAGAUGGUCUACACGUGCAGUCAGUAGAACUCUUUGCUUCGUCACUGCUGUUUCACACAGAAGCAGGAAGUGAUGGGUUAGGAAUUUUCACAUGUAUAUAUUUUUUUGCACAUUAAAAUGUUUCACAGAAAAUUA